AUGUCUGGAUCAUCUGACCCACCUAAGUACACCAAAACGCCUCUUCACGUCAUCCAAGAUAGACUUGAGAGAUUGAAGAAAAACUCGGAUCUCUUUGACGUCCAAGUUACCACUCCCCUUCAAUUUCGUGAGCUUCAAAUAGAUAGUGAAGGGAAUAGAGUAGAGGGAGGAUCAGAAGCUUCUGACACUUCAGUUGUUCCAUCACCACACCAAACGCCACCUCCAUCACCUCGUGCACUUUUAGUCGUUCCACCACCACCACCACCAAUGGCUCUCACCAUAAGGCAACUCUCUACAUCCGUCAUCCCACCUGGUGGCGUCCCUACUUGCAUAACCUACCCUGCUGCAGCUGAGGGAUUAACAGCUGAUUUUGAGUUGAAGUCUGGGCUACUUCAUCGUCUUCCUACAUUCCAUGGACUCUCUAUGGAAGAUCCCAACAACCACUUGAUGGAAUUUCAGUUCAUCUGCACUAGCAUGAAGCCUCAAGGAGCUGAUGAGCAUAUUUUGAAGUUGAAGGCCUUCCCAUUUUCGUUGGCUGACAAGGCAAAGCAAUGGCUUUAUGAGUUGCCAAGUGGACGGAUCACAUCUUGGGCUGAUAUGAUGAAGGCGUUUCUUGAGAAGUAUUUCCCUACAUCUCGCAUCAUCAUGCUUAGGAAGAAGAUAAGUGGAAUCCAACAAGGGCAAGAUGAGUCCUACGCAGAUUACUAUGAAAGGUUCAAGUCUCUCACCACUCAAUGCCCUCAACAUGGCAUGAAGGAUGAGACCUUGCUCACUUGUUUUUAUGAUGGGCUCACCAACUUGGAAAGAGACAUGCUAGAUGCAGCUUCUGGUGGAUCGUUUGUUGAUAAGGAACCUGCGGCUGGAAUGGUUCUAAUUGAGAAUAGGGCCUUGAAUCAACAACAAUAUGGAAGCUCUAGGCCCAAAUCCACCACCACACGUGAAAGGGUCCAUGAGGUAAGUACUUUAGCUCAAUUGGAGGAUAAAAUUAACAAACUUACUUCUCUAGUGUCUCAGGGAGCGCAUGGGCAAGUCUUGGCAUGUGGAGUGUGCUCAAUGAAAGGGCAUGUGUCUGACCAAUGCCCUCAACUCAUGGAGGAAGGAGGACUUGAAGGUGCCAACGCCAUAGGAUUUCAACAAGGAGGUCAACCUCCAAGAAACGAUCCAUUUUCAAACACUUACAAUCCUGGAUGGAGGGAGCACCCUAACUUUCGUUGGAGGAACAAUGAAAACGUGCAAAAUGGUCAAACUCAUCAUGGGAACCAAAUCAAUGCCAUAUCCACAGAUGUAGCUGAAUUGAAGAAGCAAAUGAGUCAAGUAGUGGAGUUUAUGGGUAAGUUUCAUGAGCAAGGUAAGCUACCAAGUGGUACCAUCCCAAAUCCUCACUUUGAGCAAGCCAAAGUCGUCACUACAAGGAGUGGUAAGACCCUUGUAGAUCCUCCAACGCCUCCCAAAAAGAUCUCAACAUCCAUUUUAGAGGAGGAGGAUGACCCUGCAACGUCUAAGGCUCUUGUGACACCUCCUACUGCAGAACCGAAACCUAAAGGACAAGUUUCUAACUCUUUCAAUUCGGUUAUUACUAAUCCAUCUUCUUCUCCUUUGCCUUUCCCAAGAACUUUGCACCACAAGGAGACAGAACUGUGA